AGAGGGUGAGAGAGCGAGCCAGAGGAAUAAAGUCCUCCUUCAGGAUCUUAUCGGAACCCUCUCCUCUCUGUCACCUUCCCCUCUAAUUUUCGUACACCUCUUGCUUGCUGCUCGUGUCCAUUUAAUUUGGGGAGGCCCUGGAGAGGACACACAAUGGAGCGAAGAGCCUGUGGCAACUGGGCCGUUGUAGUGCUGAGAGGGGGAUGGGGUAGAGAGAGGACCGGUUCACACAGCUAACACAGCCUGCCGGCUGUAGGUUUCCAGCAGCCUCCCCUCCCUGCCGGGAAACACAGUUUUCAGGCUGGGGCCUUUUUCUUGGAACACACACCCUCAAACUCUGCUUGGACUACAUUAAGGAUUACUCACUGUGUUCUGUGAGAUUUUAGGAUACAUACUGGAGCUGAAGGAAUAAAUCUCUCUUUUUUUUCUCUUUUGGAGAGGAGACAAGGAAGAACUAACUUCUGUGCAUUUCUUCCAAGCCAUUUAAGUUUGUUUUUUUUUUCUGUUUAGAGUUCAUAAAUGGAUUACAAGAUGCAUGCCAAAUCAAACGAUUUGCUGGAUUUUCAAAAAUUGGAUGCCCUUCUGGAAAAAAUAGCACAUUCAGUCUCUGUGAAAAGAGAGUCCAGUGAGGAGUGCAAUGGGAUCAGCAGUGCUCUGUCAGUGGAGUCUGUGCCGGGGCCAAGACUGAACUGGUGUCCUGCCAACACCACUACCCCUGCUCCAGCUCCCGCUUCGGGGCCUGAGGCCACGCCCCACCCUGUCAGAAUGGGGGACGGCCUGGAUACAGCGCAGAUGUCGGGCAGCAGCAGCCAGGGGCAGGCCCAGUCAUCGGGCAAUCUCUUAGCCCCUGAGUGCAUAAACCCCAAUAGGCCGAAGCGCCAGACCAAUCAGCUGCAGUACCUUCUCAAGGUGGUUGUGAAAACCCUUUGGAAGCACCAGUUUGCCUGGCCAUUUCAUGCACCAGUGGAUGCAAUUAAACUUAACCUGCCAGACUACUACACAAUAAUCAAAACCCCUAUGGACAUGGGAACAAUCAAGAAAAGGCUCGAGAACAGUUACUACUGGAAUGCCCAAGAAUGUAUCCAAGACUUUAACACAAUGUUUACCAACUGCUACAUUUAUAACAAGCCUGGAGAUGACAUAGUCUUAAUGGCUGAGGCUUUGGAGAAGAUCUUUCUCCAAAAGGUGUCUGAAAUGCCUCAGGAAGAAAUUGAGAUUGUUGUCAUGACAGGAAAAGGACGGGGUCGCGGCCGCAGAGAAGGAGGUCUAAACUUGAAACCAGGGGCCAUCAUUGAUUCUUCAUCCCCAACUCCUCUAACACGGGGCCUGUCAAACCUUGCACCAGCCCCACCAUCUCAAAGACCAGUGCAGGGCCCACCUUCACUACCUCCCCAGCCUUUAAUACAGGCCCUGCCGUCCCAUGUGCCCUCAACGUUACCCAACCUUGCACCACAGCUCGGAGCUCCGUACUCCCUGGGUCAAUCAGACUGCGCUCCUCAAGUUCCUAUCAUGACUUCUGUGCCUCUCCCUGUUCAAACCUCUCUUCCCCCGUCAUCCAUCCAGAGCACUGCCCCCAUGCUGCAGACCCCUAUAACUAUGACCAAACAAAGAAAGAGCCAAAAAAGGAAAGCAGACACUACUACGCCCACAGCAAAUGACCAGCUAAGCGAGUCUUCACCAGCAGAAUCCAAGUCUGGGAAGACACUACCCAGACGAGAGAGUAAUCGUCCCACAAAGCUGAUAAAGAAGGAAGCUCCAGACUCUCAGCAUCAUAUAGGGAUGGGGACAGGACUCAGUGGACCAAGUGGGGGUCUCAGUCCCAAACCGCAGGAUCAGAUGGGUUACUGUGCUGUGCUAGUUAGGGAGAUGCUCUCCAAAAAACACGCUGCUUAUGCCUGGCCAUUCUACAAACCUGUUGAUGUGGAUGCACUGGGACUGCACGAUUAUCACGAUAUCAUCAAACAUCCAAUGGACCUCAGCACCAUCAAGGUUAAGUUGGAGAACAGGCAAUACCGAGAGCCCCAGGAAUUUGCUGCUGAUGUACGGUUAAUGUUUUCUAACUGCUACAAAUAUAAUCCACCCGACCAUGAAGUGGUAGCCAUGGCGAGGAAACUACAGGAUGUCUUUGAGAUGCGUUUUGCCAAGAUGCCAGAUGAACCUGAGAGCAAGCCUGUGGUUUCUGUCCCAGCUCCCACACUCCACCAUCCUGCCCCUGUAAAGCCUCAGCCCCCAUUAGCCCAUGUCCCUUCGUCUUCAGACAGCUCCAGCGACUCUUCCUCUGAGUCUGAAUCCUCCACAGACGACUCUGAAGAGGAGAGAGCCCAGAGGUUGGCAGAGCUCCAGGAACAGCUGAAGGCUGUCCACGAGCAGCUGGCUGCCCUGUCACAACCACAAGCCAGCAAACCAAAGAGAAAAGAAAAGGAGAAGAAAGAGAAGAAGAAAGACAAACAUAAGAAGAAAGGCAGUGUUCCUGGCCUUGUAGACGAGAUCCAGGAUGCUACACCUGUUUCACAGCUGUCCAAGAAAACCAAGACUACUAACAAUAACAACAAAGAGAUCGUUACCAAAAAGAAACCCAGUAAAAAGGAGGGAAUGAAAAGCAUUCAUCCCUCCAACCUGCAGCCACUUCCCAGCCUGGAGGACGAUCUUGGAGCCACUGGGUCAUCAAUUACAGGAGAAAAGUGCAAGCCUAUGACGUAUGAAGAGAAGAGGCAGCUAAGCCUGGACAUCAACAAGCUUCCUGGUGAUAAGCUUGGCCGUGUAGUUCAUAUUAUCCAGUCCAGGGAACCCUCGCUCAAAAAUUCAAACCCUGAUGAGAUUGAAAUUGACUUUGAGACAUUGAAGCCCUCCACUCUGCGUGAGCUGGAAAGAUAUGUGUCUUCAUGCCUCCGUAAGAAGAAGAAGGUUCCAGUUGAGAAGAGUGUAGAGUCCAUGGCUACUUCCAAAAAGGCUGGAUCUUCAUCGGAAAGCAGUGACUCUAGUUCAGACAGUGAAGCUGAAGGUACAGGAAUGAUAAAACAGCAGAAAAAGAAGAGUCAGUCUCUAAAGGAGGGCAAGAAGUCACAACCUCAAGUUCAGAUGGGCCCUACUCAGGCUGGGAUUCAGUCCCAAGCUGUUGGCCCUCAAUCCAGCAGUCAGAUGAAGCAACAGCAGCAUCAACCACCCUCUGCAGGCUUCAUGGCUCCUCCCCCUGUUGCUGCUUUGGAAUCCUCCCAGUUAUUAGAGACUAGCUUUGAGUCCUUGCCUCCUUUUGGACAGCCCCUCAUGCAUAUGUCCCACCACACAGGCAACUCUGCAUCACCUGCACCUCCACAUCUAAAUACUCAUUCUGCUGGGCCAGUGUCUCCCGAGACACACCCAUUCCUCAACCAGCAUCCCGUCCUUACAUCUCCAGCCCUACACGGUUCCAUGCCUCAGCAGCCUUCUCGGCCCAGUCAUAAGGCAGCGCCUCUUCAUCCCAAACCCCCACAGCCGCAACAAGCACCACCUCAGCAGCAGCCAACUUUGCAGCAGCAACAGCAGCAGCUCCAACCCCAGUCAGCUCCCCCACCACAGCAUCAGCUCUCCUCUCAGAUCCUCCAUUCUUCUCAACCUCUGCACCAGCGGCCCAUGUCACCCCCAACACUCACACCUCAAGGCUUGCUGUCUUCCCAGCCUCCCCAGAUGCUGUUGGAGGAUGAUGAAGAGCCAGGGUCUACAACGCCUAUAAAUCAAGUGCAGUUAUACCUACAGCAGUUCCAACAAGCUCGUCAGCCCCAGCAAUCCAUGCAGGCGCUCCAGGCGCAGGUUCGGCAGCAGCAGCAGCUGCAACAGUCACAACAACAACAAGGACAAACUUCUCUCCUACAGUCUGCCCAAGUACAAUCUCAGCUCUCUACUCAGACCUCGCUGCCUCCUCCCCACAUUUCUGUUCAGUCCCAAGCUCAGUCUGCGCCAUCACAUCAGGCCCUGCCUCCACAGAUACCUCUACACCAAGCACGUCACAUGCAGCACGCUCAACAGCAACCACAGCAAUCACAACCGCCGCAACUGAACUACCAGCAGGGUCCUGGACUCGCUGGUCAAUCCCAGGGGUCACAACACAAAGUCCCCAUGCCUUCCAACAAAGCACAGCAGAUCAUCCAGCAGCAACAAGAGCAGCCCUCCCCUCGCCCAACCAAAGCUGACUCGUACAACAUGGGUCACAUGAGGGACAAUCCUUCCCCUCUUAUGAUGCAUUCCCCACAACUUCCCCAGUAUCCACCUGUGUCUCACCUGUCUCCACCUCACAACAUGCAGCCCAAAAAGCAGAGGGCCCCUGGAAGCCAAAGUGCGAUAAAAGAGGAGAAACUUCCUCCAUCACCAGUGAUGAGAGAACAGUUUAAUCCUGCAAUGAGACCAGACCAUCACAAACAUCCUGAAAACAAGCCCAGUCAACCAGGCCACAGCCAACAGAAUGUGAAGUCCAUGGACAGCUCACGACCCGUCAUCCGCUCGUCUGAGUCCAGUGGACCACCCCCUUCCCUGCAGGACAAGGAUAAAUUUAAGCAGGAGCCCAAGACCCCCACUGCUCCCAAAAAAGUACAGGAUGUGAAACUAAAGAAUAUGGGCUCGUGGGCCAGCUUGGCACAAAAGUCUACAUCUACGCCGUCAUCAGCAGUGAAGUCCUCGAGUGACAGUUUUGAGCAGUUCCGCCGUGCUGCUCGGGAGAAAGAGGAGAGGGAGAAAGCCUUGAAGGCCCAGGCCGAGCAGGCAGAGAAAGACAGGCUACGCAGAGAGCAGGAUAAACUACGAGGUCGGGAUGAAGAAGACGUCAUGGAGCCUAGCAGAAGGGUGCAUGAGGAGCCUCGCAGACGUCUUGAGCAGCAGCAUGUCCAAGCUCCUUCACAACAACAGCCGCAGGUGCAGCAGGAGCCUCAGCCGGCUGCCAUUCAGCAGCCUCCUCAACCCCCUACACCGCCACAACCCGCCGCACAAAAUCCACUCGAUAACCAGAGGGAGCUAGCACGCCGACGAGAACAGGAGAGGAGGAGGCGAGAAGCGAUGACAGCGACUAUUGACAUGAAUUUCCAAAGUGACUUAAUGGCUAUCUUUGAAGAAAACCUGUUUUGAGGAGAGGAGCAACAGAAACGUAACUGCAAAAUAAAAAAAGGAAAAAAAACAGAAUAAAGGAAUGGAUGCUGUAAACUUCCUCUUCACAAAGAUCAGGUGACCAUGCACCACCAAGGGCCACAGACUGCACGGACUGCGCACGUACGUGACGAGUCCUGUUGAAACUGAGUACAAACGCUGGGCAGGUGGCCAUGGCUCACUUAUCAUGGACUGAACACACUCAGCAUGUGGGGAGAGUCUCAUUGUUUUGGAUGUCAUUUCCUGGGAAUUGAGCCUUGCUUGCCUGAUAUCUAAAAAUGGGAGAAAGAGGACCCCUGCUGGCACAGUUGCCUUUGUCAAGCUUGAUUCUCACUGCGUGGACAUGACUGCAGAAGUAAAGACAUCCCAGUGAUGAUGAAGAUGCUCUGAAAUACUGACAGACUGUGCAGAUGCAUUUUCAAACUGCCAGAUGUCCGAGAUGGUGAAGAAAAUUGUCUGUUUUGUUUGUUGUAAGUGAACACUUUUUUUUUUUUCUUUAGGAGGGAACUUCCAUAGUGUAAAUCGUGUAUAUUUCUCAGCAGAGAAGGUACAGUUUGCCUUACACCACUUUCCUAAACAGACGAGUAUGUUCUAUGGCCUGCACACAUGUACAAACCAAUUACAUUUACAGACAGGACCAGAAGCCGUGCAGACCUUUUUUCAUCAUCUAGUAUCUACUGUAAAGAAGUAUUUUCUUAUACUACAAUAACUGUUUAUUUUGGAUCUUUCCUCUUUCCACUUUAGCUCUUUGAAUCUUCACACCAACACACUCCGCCUCUGACAUCUAUGCCAAACAACCCAAUGUCUUUUAUGCUAAAUUACUUGUCCUAAAACAUCGUAGGUAGGUAGAUAGUGGAGGGGGGGAAAAAUGAAUAUAUGCAUUAUCAUAGCUCAACUGAGUAUUUAUCAAAGACAGAAAUCACUUUUCACCUUGCCUUGUAUUUGUAAUUUAAGACUACAGUGGGAAACUGUUAGCAGAAGAGGGAAAGGGCCAGUUGUCUCUGAGCUUUAGUUGGAUUUCACUACAAGUGUUGCAUCAUUAUUUGUAUUAUACUUUCAGACAUAAUGUUGGGAAGUUCAUAUCAUUGGCUUGUUCACAGCAGUCACACUACUGGAUCAGUACUGAAUCAGCCCGUUUGAUGUUCCCCUUUGACUGCUCAUUGAUCUAAACUGAAGGAUUUGAUCUGAGUAUUUGAGGCUGGAAGAGAACUGUCGUGGGAAUAAAACAAACACCACCUUUCUGUAGCUGAUACUUGAAUCGGGUUAGUUUAAAAAAAAUAAUAAUAAUAAUUGAUGGGACCAGAAGGAGCUCCCAGCUAGCUUUUUCAUUGAAUCACCUAAUUAACAAGGGGUGCACUGUUGACAGUACAAAAUAAAAAAAAUAAAAAACACACAUAAAUGAUCACAAAGGUCUAAAUGGAAAAUGCUGAAAAAAAAGGUUUUCAUUAAUAUCUUUGUUCUUGUUUGAUUAUAGUGGAUGUGAGUUCUAAUCCUAUUCUUGGAGACCUUGUUGCAGCAGAGAUGGGCUGAAAUCCAACACAUCUCAUCCUCUUCACUCGUCUCUAAUAGUGUUUUUUUCUCCAGUGCCUGUAUUGUAUUGCUAUUCUUGUUGGCUUAUAUUACACUUUGAGGGGUUUAGAAAAGGUGGCGUGAGGAGCGAGAGGUGUAAUAUUUGAAAGGGGAGGAAGAUUUUUUUAAAGAGUUGUGUUUAAAAAAAAAAAGAAGAAAAAAAAAAAAAGAAAAUACAACGUUUUAUAUUUUACCCGUUAUCAGUAAUCGGGUUUUAAAUUUAGUUUUAGUUGGACUUCUGAGUGUACACACCUGACAACUACUUUCUCAUUUUGUUCUAUCUGCAGAUUUUUGGUAGAAAUGUUUGGGCCUUGCCACACUAGCGUUUGAAUCUGGUCUGUGCGUGUGACUGUGUCAUGUUGGAUGGCUGUGUGAGUGUGUGUUUGUUUUGUUUUUUGUUUUGUUUUUAUCUUCAGUGUGUGGUGCAGGGAGGCAUGUUCCCCGAUGUAGAUAAGCAUUCUGUUGAUGGAGAGACUAAAAAGACAAGCAGAACUUCAGGAGAAUUCAUUUAGUGCUUAAUUCAUUUUUUUUAUUUUCUGUGAAGUCUGACAUCUAUGGAUUUAUAAUUUUAUUAUGACUGGUUUUUGAAAGGGUUAAAAAUUCCUUCAUUCCUUUUCAACCUUUUUUUUUUCACUAAACAAGUUGAACGUAAUGUGCCAUGAGUUCUACAGAGAAUGUGCUGACCCGCAGCUCAGCCCAGAGUUUGCUUUAUUCAGGUAUUUUAUCUUUGUGUUACAUUUGUUCUGUUUUGGGGGGUUUUGUUAAAACAUUUUCCUCAAUUUUUUUUUUUUUUUUUUUUUGUUUUUGUUUGGUAUGUGAGUGGUCUCUCGAGGUCUCUGAUUAAGUCUGAUAUGACCAUUGAAUAAACUCAUCUCUUUUAUAGAAAAUAAAAAAAAAAAAAUGAAA